CUCACAUUAUAUUUCCAUUGAAUGGCUCUACUGUAGAGGCUUGGCCAGAUUCCACUUUGAUUUCUUUGUUUUUGGCAAGAAUACUUCAUAGUUUGUACACCAUCUGUGUACUUGUAAAACCAUAUCAGGUGCACAUAAUGUCUGGUUAUCAUUCUCUUUGUGAUGUUAAAAUUGAUUAUUAGGAUAAGGUGUUGUCAUCUUAAUCUUUAAUCAUAAAGAUCACAUCAGUCUUUCACCUAUGUGGUUUUAACAUUCAUUGGCGAUCAGUAAAAGUGAUGAUAUUUUAAUUCUUCAGGCUGCAUUUGUCAUCUGUAAUAAUUCUAUAAUGAAGCUCUUUUAAUCAUCAGUCCUUUCAUUAAUAUUGUUCUUAUAGGAAGAUCACCUUUUUAAUAGAUCGUAUCUUAUUAAUAUGAUCAUACCUCUUUCUGAACUUAAAAUCCUUAAAUGGCAAUCCAUUAAUUAUAAUAAAAAUCUGUACCCAUUACAUGAUCAGACUCCAGCCCAUUUUCUUGGAACUUGGAUGAUAACCACCUUCCAAACAUCAUGCAAUUGCCUCUCCUCUUAUACAGAGCCAUCUGCUGCAUCCUGAAUUCACAGUGUUUUCCUACUUUUCCACUUUUAUUAAAGCUCUUUUCUGGAAAAUGAUUUAUUUCCUCCAUGCACACAUCCCACAUCAAACUUCUAACUUACAGUUUAAGCUUUGCCACCUCUAAGUAGCAUGGCCCUCUAUUCCCAGGUAGAAUUUGUCCCUAAUUUGCUUCUCUCCAGUAGUGUGCUCUGCAUCUAUUUCUACCGUGUUCCCUUCCUAAUCCCAUAGUUGAGCUUAUGUAUUUGCUUUUUGUCCAAGUCUCUGAGUUUUUGGAAGAGUAGAAGCUUAUGUAGUUCUUUGUUGAGUUCCCAGGACCCAGCACAGCUAAGGCUGGCAUGUAGUUGCUUAAUAAACAUCAUGUUCAUUAUUCCUAAAUUAGCUAGAGACUUAGAGAGAACCCAUUUCUGGCCUUAUUUCUGAAAAAGAAUGACUGAAUGAAUGUGGUAUACAAUAGACGGCAGGAUAUUUCUAUAAAUUUUUUUACUGCCCCCCAAAUACAAUGUGAAACAGGUAUUUAAUGGGAAGUCUAUAUGAUGUGUCAUGGUGAAAAAUCAUCAGAAGCACAUUCUUAUAUGUAACUUCCCCAUUUACCAGUGAUGAGUAAUUCUCAGUGAGCUGGGGUACGUUGUUACAGAAAUCAGUGUCAUUAGAGGAUGUGACCGUGGGCUUCAGCAAGGAAGAGUGGCAGCAAUUGGAUUCUGCCCAGAGACACCUGUACCAGGACGUGAUGCUGGAGAUCUAUAACCACCUCAUCUCAGUGGGUGAGCACAGCUGACCUGGGAAUCUUGGAUGGGCCUCGUUGAGAUUUCCUUCUUCCUCCUUACAGAACGCAUUGGGAUAUCAGAAGGUAUCACAUUCCCAGCCCAGAAGUCAUCUUCAGGGUGGUAAAAGGACAGGGGCAAUGGAUGGGGGAGGCUGAACUACCACAUCAGAGCCGUCAAGAAGGGAAGUUUGGGCUUGAAACCCCACAGCCGGAAAUUCCUGAGAAAGUUUCGUAUCAAAAGGAUCUGGUGGGUGAAGUCACAAGACAUGGUUCCUGGUGCUCCAUUUUAGAAGAACUGUGGCAGGAUGCUGACCAUACAAAGAGAGAUCAGCAAAAUCAGAUUCAACCCAUGCGUCAUGGUGCUGUCUUCAACAAGAAAACAUUGAACACAGAGAGAGAUUGUGACUGUAAGGACCCUGGGAAAAUCAUUCACAUGAGGCCCCACCGUAUUUCUUUACAAAGAUCUCAGAAAUGUUGUUCAUUUGCAAAAAGUUUGAAGCCUAACCCAAAAGUAAAUGGUCAAAAUCAAAGCAAUGCCACAAAACAGCUUGAUGACAUUGUUGAGUCUGAUCAGCUGUUCACUCAUAGCUCUUCCAUUGCUUGCAGCAAGAAUAUUCAUACAGGAGAGAAAUUCUGCAAAGGUAACCAGUGUAGAAAAGUCUGUGGCCAUAAACAGUCAUUUACACAAGACCAAAGUAAUGUUCAGGAGAAACCGAGUGAAUAUACUGAAUGUGGGAGGGCCUCCACCCAGAAAUCACAGCUCCUCGCCCAACAGAGAAUGCAUAGUGUAAAAUAUCUCCAUGAAUACAGCAAAUGUGGACAAGCCAUCAUCCCACAACCAAAACUCAGUGUAUAUCUGACAGAUCAUACAGGUAAUAUACCCUAUAUAUGUCAGGACUGUGGGAAGGUCUUCAUUCAGAAAUCAGAAUUGAUUACACACCAGAAAACUCACACUAGAAAGAAGCCCUAUAAAUGCCAUGAGUGUGGAAAAGCCUUUUUCCAAAUGUUAUCUCUCUUAAGACAUCAGAGAACUCACAGUAGAGAAAAACUCUAUGAAUGCAGUGAAUGUGGCAAAGGCUUUUCCCAGAACUCGACCCUCAUUAUACAUCAGAAAAUUCAUACUGGUGAGAGACAGUAUGCAUGCAGUGAAUGUGGGAAAGCCUUCACCCAGAAGUCAGCACUCAGCUUGCACCAGAGAAUCCACUCAGGGCAGAAGUCCUACGUGUGUAUUGAAUGUGGGCAGGCCUUUAUCCAAAAGGCACACCUGAUUGUUCAUCAAAGAAGUCACACUGGAGAGAAACCUUAUCACUGCCACAACUGUGGGAAAUCCUUCAUUUCCAAAUCACAACUUGAUAUACAUCAUCGAAUUCAUACAGGGGAGAAACCUUACGAAUGCAGUGACUGUGGAAAAACCUUCACCCAAAAGUCACACCUCAAUAUACACCAGAAAAUUCAUACUGGUGAAAGACACUAUGUAUGCAGUGAAUGUGGGAAAGCCUUCAACCAGAAGUCAAUACUCAGCAUGCAUCAGAGAAUUCACACUGGAGAGAAGCCUUACAAAUGCAGUGAAUGCGGGAAAGCCUUCACUUCUAAGUCUCAAUUCAAAGAGCAUCAGCGAAUUCACACAGGUGAGAAGCCCUAUGUAUGUACUAAAUGUGGGAAGGCGUUCAACGGCAGGUCAAAUUUCCAUAAACAUCAAGUAACUCACACUAGGGAGAGACCUUUUGUCUGUUACAAAUGUGAGAAGGCUUUCAUCCAGAAAUCAGAGUUGAUUACCCAUCAGAGAAGUCACAUUGGAGAGAAACCUUAUGAAUGCCAUGACUGUGGGAAAUCAUUCAGUAAGAAACCACAACUCAAGGUACAUCAGCGAAUUCACACAGGAGAAAGACCUUAUGUGUGUUCUGAAUGUGGGAAGGCCUUCAACAACAGGUCAAAUUUCAAUAAACACCAAACAACUCAUACCAGAGACAGAUCUUACAAACGCAGUUAUUCUGUGAAAGGCUUUACCAAGAAAUCAAUUCCUAGUGCAUCAGCAUAUUCAUAAAUUAAAUAUACUCCGAGUUUCUUGACAAGAGUCAGAUCUAACUGUAUGUGAUAGAUUCAUGCUUCAGAAAUUCUGGAAAUGUUUUGCAUGUGUAAACACAUCAUGAAUUCACACAUUAUUUUACAUGAGGAAAACUACCCAGAAAAGAAUUUCAAAGAAUAAGUGGAAGUGUCCUUAUUUGUACUAGUCUCAUUAAGGGUUAUAAAUUUCAUCCUGUGAAGAAACCCUGACUAAUGCACUAAGAAAAGCCUUUCUAUAGAAAAUGGUACAAGACAGAUUAUUACCAGGUUAUUUAUGGGAAAGUCCUAUUUAUUGUGGGAUAUCAAUAUUUUAAAAUGCCAGCAAAGUAAAAAUAGGGCAAUAUUAUGUAUGUAUAUGGCUAUCUUAUGUAUAUAUGUCUUGUACACAGGUUGAGUAUCCCUUAACCAAAAUGCUUGAGACCAGAAGUGUUUCAGAUUUUCAAUUUUUUCAGAUUUUGGAAUAUUUACAUUAUAUUUACUGGUUGAGCAUCCUUAAUCUGAAAAUCCAAAACUCAAAAUGCUACAAUGAGCAUCUUUGAGUGUCAUAUUGGCACUCAAAAUGUUUCAAAUUUUUGGAGUGUUUUGGAUUUUGGAUUUUCAGAUUAGGCAUACUUGACCUGUAUGGAUAGUUAUAUAUCUCUAUAUAUGUAUAUAUGAAUAUGGUCUGCUCAGCAUAUGUGUGUAUAUGUAUAUAUGUUAAUAUGUAUGCCCUCCGUAGGGUUUGCUGAAGAAUUCACUACAUAAGAGAAGGUGUAGGUAGAUGGCAGUUUUUUUUUAAAGAAUCUAAUGUAAUUGUUUAUCAAAUUUAUUCUCUAUUGAAUAUUUAUAUAGUGAGGUAUCAAUAAUCCUUUAUUAUACAGACAUAUGAAUGUACAUUAUAGUUUUUGGUAAAUGCAUAAAUGAGAUUUUAUAUUGUA